AUGUCUCGAAUAGGAUCCAAAAGAGUAAGCUUUAGUCCGGACCCUGAAGGAGGGAACGAGGAACCGAUCAUCUAUCCAACACACAACGGUCGUCGGAGGGUCGUCAGCGACGGAGUUUUCAGUUUCAGCGUCAGGAGUUCGCCAAGAGCGAGGAGAUUACUCCGGCGUAUUGGAGCCGGAGUCGCCAAAACGUUGCGUUUUAUGUCACUGGGAAGGAAGACUAGUAGUAACACCAAAUCCACGCAGUCUACUUCUACUUCUUCUUCGUCUUUGUCUUGUUCCUCUUCAUCGUCGAUUUAUCUGGUGAAGUCAAAGUCUGUAAACGAGUCAGAGUCUCACCGUGCAGAAGCUAUUGAGGACUGCAUCGAGUUCUUACACUCUUCUUCGUCUCUGUCGAGAUCAAACUCCAUCUCUGCCUGGUCUUGCUAAAAUAUGUGUGACCCACACAACUCAGGUUCCGGUCGAUUCAAAAGCUCCAAACAAAUUUUGUGAUGUAAAAGAGUUGAAACUGCAUAGAUCAGUUGAUUAUAUCUCCUUUUCUUUUUUAGAGUUAAUGACUCAUUUAGAUAGUUACUACAGAUUCGUUAUAAUUCCUCAAUCUUUUUCUUAAGUUUUCUUGCAGACAAUAAGCCACUUCAUGGCUUUAUUUCGACAGA